AUGGCUAAAUAUACUGGAGAAGAAGUAGGAGAUGAUUGGAUACCAUCUACAGUAAUGUCUGGCGCCGGAUGGAAAGCUCGAGGCGAUAGAAAACCGAAAGAGAAGAGAGUUCCAUUCAAUAGGCCGACACCUUAUCAGAUUUACGAAGCCCUUCCAUUUGUUCGUCGUUAUUUUAUGUACUGGAUGAAGCAUACAUUCGAUAAAGAAAAAUUAUUUAUUAACACAUUUCAACCGCUGAAACAUAAACCCUAUUAUGGUGUUCCGUGUGGUGGAAUCGGAUGUGGAGCAAUAGGGCGAGAUUUUCGAGGAGGAUUCUGUAAAUUCAGUCUUCGUCCGGGACUAGUGGAACACAAAGUUGACGUUGUCGCGGCUGAUCAAUUCAUAAUUUCUGUUAGAGAAAAUGACACGUGUAUCUAUCAAAAAGUAUUGUCAGCUGCCGAUGUUCACCGCUCUGGUAAUCAGUUGUCUACGUGGGAUUUCACAUUUCCAAAGAAAAAUGUGAAUUACCGUGGACUAUUCCCAAGAUCAUGGACUACAUUCAGAAUUCCGGAGCUAGGAAUUACUGUCACUAUUCGACAGGUCUCUCCAGUGUUACCACAUAAUUAUGAAGACACAACGUAUCCAGUGUGCCUAUUUGUAAUAGAUGUCGAAAAUACAACAACUUCGAAAGAAUAUGAAGUUUCUAUUGCUUUCACCUUCCGAAAUGGAACAGGAAAUCGACGAUGGGAACGAGAAUCCGAGUGUUCUGCUGUGAAGUUCGAGACUCCUGGACCAUCUGAUAGUGAAAGUAACCCCGGACUAGAAAAAGUCACUGGCAUCAGUCUGUAUCAUACUAUUUCCUCGAUGCCAUGCACCUAUGGUCUGGCUACAACUCAUAAAAAUGACAGUAUCUUGUCAGUUUGUGAGAGAUUCGAUCCUGCUAGAAAUGGUGCUGCAUUCUGGAAUCAUUUACAACAAACUGGAGAUGUGCCGAGUUGUGAAGAAGAAUGCGCAGUGAAUGCUCGUGAAAUGGCUGUAGCCGUUUGUAAUCGAUUCCGUCUAUCACCAGGAACCAAGAAAACACAUGAUUACGCUUUGAGUUGGGACAUGCCAAAGGUGCAUUUCGGAUCAGUGGCUCGUAGUUAUCAUAGAAGAUAUACACGCUUCUUCGAGGCUGCUGAAGCUGGAAGUGCCGCUGAUUCUCUCUGUGUUCGUGCUCUUCACUUGAGAAAUAAGUGGGAAGAAGAGAUUGAGAAAUGGCAAUCGCCGAUUCUUAAUCAUGAGAAGUUGCCAGAUUGGUAUAAGUCUGCAAUUUUUAAUGAACUGUAUUUUAUCACUGAUGGUGGUACUGUAUGGUUUGAAUUCGAUGAGCAAUGGGCGGAGCAUGAGAUGCAUUUAAGUGAAUAUACGAAAGAGAAAAUGAAGAGUAUUGGAAGAUUCGGAUACCUAGAAUCAUGGGAAUAUCGGAUGGUAAAUACCUAUGACGUACACUUCUAUGCUUCAUAUGCUCUAGCCGAGUUGUGGCCACAGUUGGAAUUAACGGUCCAAUCCGAAUUCACUGACCAAGUCUACCAUUCAAUCGAAAAACCAACUCGUUUCCAUAUGGAAGGUGACUGGGCCAACGUGAAAACGGCCAGUCGUGUGCCUCAUGACCUCGGAAAUCCAGCUGACGAGCCAUGGAUUGCAACUAAUGCUUAUGUAAUGCACGAUACUGGAAAAUGGAAAGAUCUCAAUAUGAAAUACGUACUGACUUCCUGGCGUGAUUACGUCGUGCUAUCAGAAGAACACCAAGAAUUUCUAUUCCAUACCUGGCCAGCUGUCAAAAUGAUAAUGCUGGAGGCGCUAGAGAAUUGGGAUCAAAACGGAGAUGGAAUGAUUGAAAACUUUGGAAAAGCAGAUCAGACUUAUGACGCGUGGCAAAUGGAAGGAGUUAGUGCUUAUUGUGGAUCAUUAUGGUUGGCUUCGUUGAGGGUUUCUAUAGAAAUGGCCCGCCUGAUGGGAGAAGAAGCGACUGAGAAUCUAUUCCGUGUUACACUAAACAAGGCUAAGAAAGUGUUCAUUGAUACUCUAUGGACAGGAACAUAUUUCCGUUUUUGUGAGAGAUCUCGUAGUCGUGAGACAGUAAUGGCUGAUCAACUAUGUGGUUAUUGGUUCCUUCAAUCAGUUUCCCCUGAAAUGGUCGAUGAUUUAUUGCCAAAUCAUAUGGUCCGUUCGGCACUUGACACAAUCUAUCGUCUCAAUGUGUGUCGUUUUGGUAAUGGACAAAUGGGAGCUGUGAAUGGAAUGAAGCCGAAUGGAGUUGUGGAUAGAGAAUAUAUUCAAGCGGAUGAAAUGUGGACGGGUGUCACUUAUGCAGUUGCGUCACUUUUAAUUCAACAAGGAGAGGUGGAGAAGGCAUUCCAUACGGCAUCAGGAAGUUAUCUGACGUGUUUCGAACAAACCGGGUUACAAUAUCAGACGCCUGAGGCACUUUAUGAAUCCAAGUUCUACAGAGCAAUUGGAUACAUGAGGCCGCUGUCGAUCUGGGCGAUGCAGUGGUCACUGAAAAAACAUUGUGGAUUGAAUACGAGUCAAGAACGAUUGCCAAAGCUUCCGACGACAUCAACGUCAUCGAUUCAGGAGAAGGAAGAAGACGCUAUGAAACGAAUGACUGUAGAGACGUCAGCUAGUGAAGAUAGUUCGAGUCUAGGAUAUGUUAGCGAUUAUCGAGAAGAAUCGAAAAUCUCGACAAGAAUUCGAUAA